AUGGAGACCGACAUUUUUUUUAAAUACAUGGAAAAAGUUGUGAUUCCGGGCGUAGGUGAAGAGAGGCCAGUAUUGAUAAUAUACGACGGGCAUAGUACUCAUGUAGAUGUAAAAGUUGUGGAAUUGGCCAUCAAGAACAAUAUAACAAUAUUAAAGUUACCACCACACACAUCUCAUCUUUUACAACCCCUUGACUUGGCUGUGUUCAAAGGAUUUAAGAGCCAGUGGGAUGCAAACUUAGUUGAAUGGCAGAGUGAAAAUGUUGGGUCAAAAUUGCAAAAAAACGCCUUCUCUGAAUUGUUUGCCGAAAUCUGGAGCAAAGUAAAGCCGGAAACUAUAAAAACCUACAAUAGAUUACAGCAAAAAAUUCAAGUUCAUAAUGAGAAUGAAACCCAAAAUGCGAACAGGACACUAACAUCGAAAAACCCAGAUCUAUUAAAAACGUAUUGUAUUGCGGCACUUAACAGGCAAUUACUUCUUAGUGAAACGUUAGUUCUAAAACGUUUAAACCCAGUUGUAUCCAAACAAACUGGAAAAGAACAAAGAGAGUAUUGUGCUUCUUCAUCAACAGCUGUACACGAUGUUCGUUACUUAAGCGAUAUUUCGAAAUGUGAUAUUAAAUGUGACAAUUGCUACCAUUUGUGGCUAGACAUGCUAACGACAUACCCAGUUGCAUAA